GUCCUAUUAAGAAUGACUUUCGACAAUCAUUCACACAGCUCCUAAAUCCUCUGCAAGAAUUGCAUGGAUGAAGGUUUCUGCUGUAAGACAUUUCAAAGGAAGGCUAACAAUGAGGAUAACUUGUGCAGCUUUUGUGCUCCUCAUCCAAAUGCUCCAGGGUUUUGCUUCAGACGACUCACCAUUUCAACUAACUAACAAGGCCACUGGUUUUUGUUUGGUCAACAACUGCAAUGACAUACGCUGGACGACUGGUGAUCGACUUCUGGUUCAAACGAAGAAUAAGUGCCUGGGAGUCCAGGGGAAAAGUGUGGGCAGUGAAAUAAGCCUCUACGAUUGUGACGAAAACAGUGAACUCCAAAAGUGGGAAUGCAAGAAUGAAACCGUGCUUGCACUCAAAGGCCAAGAGCUGUACAUUGAGCUCACUGCAGAUAGCACAGCUGCUCUCACCAAAACAAUAGGACCCAAUAACCAACUCACAAUUUCAGGGACGUCCAGUGGUGCUUGCACAAGAACAUACAGAGAAUUUUAUGCCCUCGGUGGAAAUGCAGCUGGAAUGCCCUGCAUGUUUCCCUUCAUGUACAGAGACCAGUGGUUCUCAAACUGCACUACGUUUGACUCCUCAGAAAAGCGCUCUUGGUGUGCAGUUGAAACAAAAUAUCAAAGUGAACGCUGGGGCUACUGCCCAACUACUUCCAAAGAAGACUGGAAUGUAUACCCAGUAACAGGAGCUUACUACCAGCUCAACAUACAGUCAGCUCUGACUUGGUCCCAGGCUGAGACCAGCUGCAAACAGCAGGGCGCCUCCGUGCUCAGUAUCAAUGAUCCUCAUGAGCAGGCUUACAUCACAGUACAACUAGGGAGAGAUGGCAGUAAGCUUUGGACUGGGCUGAUCCUGGAUCCAGAACAUGGCUGGAAAUGGUCCAAUGGGGGGCCUUACCGUUAUAUGAAAUGGGAUUCGGGACAUCCACUUCCUGAUCCAGGACACAACUGUGCAGCUCUCGAUCCUGCUGUACAGUACUCCUGGCAGAGUGCACCUUGCAGCAAGAAACUGGGCUACAUCUGUUAUAGUAAAAGGGCUGAGGAAAUUCCUACACAAGUGGAGACAGGCUAUUGUUCGAGUCCUUGGAUUCCCUACAAUGGCCACUGCUUCCACCUUAAUCGUACUCAGAUAACAUGGCCUGAUGCUCAGAGACAGUGCCGUACUGAAGGAGGGGACCUAGUCAGCAUGCGCAAUGUGGAGGACCAAAGCUUUGUCAUCUCUCAACUUGGAUAUGCAUCCACUGAUGAGCUUUGGAUUGGACUGAAUGACAGGAGGACAGAGCAGCUGUUUGACUGGAGUGACCAGUCUACUGUCACCUUCACUAGCUGGGAGUAUGGGAGACCUUUCGUCUCCGGCAAUAUAAAGGACUGUGUUCUCAUCAGCGGAGAGAAAGGGAACUGGGCUGACCACGUUUGUGAGGAAAAGCAUGGUUUCAUUUGUAUGAAGAGGAGUGCUUCAAGACCCACUGGAGAUGAAGUGGAGCAGGAUGCAGGAUGCAAAGCUGGGUGGAAGAGACAUGGCUCAUACUGCUACUUCGUAGGGACAGAGACCAAAACCUUUGAUGAAGCUACACAUGACUGCAAGAGUUCAGGCUCUUACUUGGCUGAUGUUUCAACUGCGGUGGACAAUGCAUUCCUUGUCAGCUUGGUGGGGCUGAGGCCAGAGAAAUACUUCUGGCUAGGACUCUCAAACCAGAAAAAUAUUGAUCAAUUUGUGUGGACCAACACAGACUCGGUGAGGUUUACUCACUGGAACGCUCAAAUGCCAGGUCACCAACAGGGCUGUGUUGCCUUGGCAACUGGGAUUUUUGCGGGCCUCUGGGAUGUGCUGCCCUGUGACAAUAAGCAGAAAUACAUUUGCAAGCACCAGGCCGAAGGGGCAGCUGCAACCCCUGCCCCGCCCACUCUUAAACCUCCACGGUGUGCCGACGGCUGGACUAAAGUGGGACCAAGAAACUACUGCUUUAAGUUGUUUGAUUCAUCACAAAAGAGGACCUGGUAUGAGGCCAGAGAUUACUGCAUGGCCAUUGGUGGAGACUUACUCAGUAUCCAUAGUGCUGCUGAGCUUGAAACACUACCUGAACGCUAUGAAACCGUCUGGAUUGGACUUAGUGCCCCUGACCCAGACACCGGUUAUGUAUGGAGCGAUGGAUCCCCACUGCAAUUCCAACACUGGGAGGAAGACGAGCCAAACAAUAAAAAUAAUGUGGAAUCUUGUGCUGAAUUCAAAAUGCACAGGCAGAGAAGCAGCGGGUCUUGGAACGAUGUGCACUGUGAGACGUACCAUGGAUGGCUGUGCCAGAUCCGUGCAGGAGUGACUCCAAAUCCACCUCCAGAUCCUGUCACUCCUGACUACAACAGGACAUCAGAUGGGUGGAUAGAAUGGAACGGAGAUCAGUAUUAUAUUAACCAAAUGUCAGAGGCCAUGGAAGAUGCUCGUCACUUCUGCCAGCAGAGGCACGGUGACUUGGUAACUAUCAGCAGUGAAGCUGAAAGUGUCUUUUUAUGGAAAAGGACAUACAGAAGUCAUGAGCCGUAUUGGAUAGGCCUGACUGUAGAUCUUGAUGGAACAUCUGCGUGGAUAGAUGGUUCUCCAGUGGUGUUUGAAAGGUGGGAUGAAAAUCAACCUGACUUCAAGAACAAUGAUGAAAAUUGUGUUGCUAUGACUAGCUCUAUGGGGUUCUGGCAUGAUUAUAAUUGUGGGUAUGAGCAUAAGUCCAUUUGUAAACGCAGUGGCUCACCGCCUCCCAAUGCCACUGUAGCACCAACAGUUCCUCCAAAAGGUGGCUGUUCACAAAACUGGAAAAAAAUUAACUCAAAGUGUUACAGCAUCAAUAAUAGCCAGAGGCAGACAUGGGAAGGAGCAAGAACUCAGUGCAGAGCAAUGGGAGGAAAUCUUGCCUCAAUUCUGUCCAGGGAUGUGCAAGUGUUCUUGUCAACUGAAAUGGCCAACGCACCUACGACAAACCUGUGGAUUGGUUUGUAUAAUAGACACCUUAGGUAUCACUGGACAGAUGGCCGACCAAUGCGAUACACCAACUGGGGGUCUAGGCGCCGGCAGUCAAUCACAUUGAUGGACGACCAUCCUUGGGCAAUGCACAGGUAUCACCAUUUCCACUAUUUCCAUGAGGAGAUGGAUUACUAUCACUUUUCUCAUACACUGCAAGAGGGUACGUGUGCUGGCAUGACUACCGAUUCUAACAUUGGCAUUGGGAAAUGGAUAUCAAUGUCCUGCAAUGACACCAAUGGAUAUGUCUGUGCUAGAAAUCUUGACUCAUCUCUCCCAGACUCUCCUGAACCAACAGUUCCCACCGACUAUGUCAAAAUAUUUAAUGACUCCAUCAAGGCUGUUGCUCAGCCAAUGACCUGGGAUGAAGCCAAGAAGCACUGUGGAGGUGAUGGUGCAAACCUGGCUAGCCUUCGAAAUGGGUGGUCACAGCUCUAUGUAGAGCUGAUGGCUCUGAAUCUCAAAGGUCCUCUGUGGAUUGGACUGAACAAAAAGCAGACUAGUGGAUAUUUCAGAUAUGUUGAUGGCUGGCAUUUGACCUCAUCCAACUGGGAUAGAGGGGAACCAAGAACAGACCGAGACUGUGUGUAUGUGGAUGUGGAUGGAAAAUGGAAGACUGCUGACUGCAAUGAGAACAAGACCAGUGUUUGUAUGAAGUCUACAGAUGUACCACCAACAGAAUCAAGUGAUUUCCCAGGAUUUUGCCCUAAUGACCCAGAAACACCCAGAUACACAAGCCAAAGAUCCAACUGGCAACCAUUUAGGGGUUAUUGUUAUCUCUUUCUCACAGACAGGAUUGAGUGGCCAGAUGCAUCUGCUAGCUGUGUCAGACAUGGUGGAACUCUUGCCAGCAUUGAAGACCCCACUGAGCAAGAAUUUAUUCAAGGCAAUGUGAAACAAUUUCAAGACAGCCAUGCUUCUUUCUGGAUCGGCUUGUAUAAAACUCACGCAGGCUUGUGGCAGUGGUUGGAUAAAUCUGUCAUGGACUACAGUAACUGGGAUGCAGGUCUACCUGAUGACAACAGUUAUGGAUCAAUCAAAGUGUCAGACGGAAAAUGGAGGGGCGGCAGAAACUGGCAUGACAAAGCAUAUAUUUGUAAAACACCCAAAGUAUUACGAACAGUGCCAACAACAGCUGUAACUCAUCCGGUGGAUCCUCCAACCCGUGGCCACAUAAUUUUGACAGCUGUACUGGUCAUCACUGUGACUGUCAUCGGGAUAUUCAUCGUCAUCUUUUUCUUCAAGAAGUCUGGUCACCGCCUACCCAUCCCUGAAAAGUUAACUGCCUUUGACAACCCACUCUUCUUCAGCAAUGAACGGACCCAGCCUGAUCUGGUGGACACAAAUAAACUGGUCGCAAAUGCAGAGGAAGAGAACACUGAGCCUGUUAUAACUGUGUAAUGUAUAUACCAGUAGACCAAAUGUGAUACGUUUCACUGCAGUUGGCACUAACUGGCCUUAAUGAACAAAACAAUUUAAGCUGUACAAUGCUUGACCUGACAUACAAUCUUUAAUUGUGAUAAUUUGAAAUUGUGUUUAGUUGUAUAUUAUAUAACCACUAAGAAUUUACUGAUGUACACAACAUUGAAUGUAAAGGGUGUCAUUUUAAUCCACCUUUCUUUAAGGUUUUUAACUGCUUGGAAUGUGCUGUGGAUUUUUGCAUUUGCUACUGAUUACUCACAGUGUAAAACUUAAAGAUAUGAUAAGAUAAAAAGUUGAGACGUUGAAACGUUUAAUUAACUGUAAAUAAGGCAAACAAUGAUCUUCUUACUGAACCAUCAUUCAUCAUGAUGUAACCGCUUGACAAGCAGCAUGUGACCAAACAGGGAUCAAAUAUUUGAGUCCCAGAUUACUCACUGCUUCUGCAUAAGAUUUUAUUAAACAGGCAGCAAAUUUAUGUCUCUAAUAAUGAUAAAUGAUAAUACUGA